AUGGCCGAUGAUGCCCACGGUGACGAGGCCCCCGCGUCGCUGGUCGAGCAGUUCGAUCUCGUGGCGACCUUCCCUUCGCAGGAGACGGGCGCUGGCCGUGGGAAGGGCGGCAAGGGCGCCCUGCCACCUCCUCGCAAACGCGCUGCUCAUGAUCACUCUGCUGCUGAUGCAGCUGACGGUAACGACGCCUGGUCGUCCGACGACUACCUUCGCCAGCUGUGCCGCGAUGAGUUCGACUCCAUGCGGGCCGCUCUCACUUCAUCCGUCUCCGAGUCCGUCAGGGCCACCGUUGCUGAGAACCACUCGGUGCUGCUGGGAUCCAUCGACAAACUUCGGGAGCAGGUCUCUGGUCAGUCCGCAUCCAUCGACCAGCAGGUUCAGAGUGUGGUUCGUCCUCAAGUUGACGCCCUGGCUCGCAGGCUCCAGUCGCAGAUCGACGAGCACAAGAAGCAGAUCGACGCAUGUGAACGGCGACUGGGUGAUCAUGACGACCAGCUCUCUGCUUUUCGUGCUGAAUUGGUUGAGCUACGCCGCCAUCUUGCCGUCGCUGAACAACGCCCCCAGGCCCCGCCACAGAUCCCCACUGGCUUCGACAGAGACGCCGACUCCACCCUCCUCAUCGCAGUGGCCCAGCGUGCCACUUCGCUCGAGGCCAUGUCCGCCUGCAUUCAGAACUUCCUCUCGGGGACGGGCUUCGACUCCAGCGAGUACGAGAUUGUCUCCAAGGGUACCCUCCCGUGCAAACGCUUCGCGGUUCACUUCAAAGGGAUGGUGCAACCAGCAUCAAGAAAAGUCCUACGCGCCCUCUCAGCCCUCAAAGAUGAGAACGGGUGGAAGGCCUUCUUCGCCGAUCUCCCCGGCCUGUCCGAGCGCACACGUGUCCACAUGGGCCCCGACAAGUCCCCGAAGCAGGUCAAGAUGGAGUACGUCUUCAGGAAGUGCCGCGCUGCCUUCGCCACCGCGUUCUCGUCCCUGCGCUUCUUCACAGAUCGGGACCGCGGGUUCCUCUCCAUCGGCUGGGACAAGAUCCUCAAGGUUGAAGUGGAGGCUGGGGAUGCUCCUCCUACUCUGCGCUGGGAUGUCGCCAAGCUGGAGCGCCACGACAUCACCAAGGCUCGCGCCAUGCAGCUCACCUCUUUCCUCACGGCCUCGGCGGACGAGCCCGCAGCCAUCAAGCUUAACUACCUCUCCAAGCUCGGCCUCGACAAGUCCAUCGUCUCUCUGCAGGAGGUGCACCAAGACGCCCUCCAGCUGGAACACUUCGUGCAUCGGGAUCCUGUGCAUGUGGAGUCCCAUCCUCUGAUACCUGGGCGUGUACUGAUGGUUACCCUGCGCGCCGCUCGUGCCUGCGUCUACCUCUUCAAUGUCCACAACCACGAGCUGGGGACCACUGCCAUCACAAGAGUGCGUGAUGCUAUUCGUACUGCUCUCGCUGAGGCUCGUGCCGAACCACAGCGUGUCCUUGUGAUUCUGAAUGGGGACUUCAACAUCUCGGAGGAGUCCGCCAUGUCCCUGCUGGCACCGGUUGCGGCGUCUCGUCGUGGUGGCCGUCGACACCACGCUGCCGCACCUGCUUGGAGGCCCAUCUUCGAUGACAUGCUGGAGAUCCAGGGCAGCGAGCCGACCCACUACGAGCGGGCGGCGGGCAAGGCCAGCAUCAUAGACCGCGUCUUUCUCUCCUUGCAGGGCUGGCAGGUGUGCCAGAUGAAUCUCACUUCCGCCACGAUGGGGUCGGCGGCGGCGCUCUCGGAUGCGAAAAUCUCGGAUCACACUGCGUUCUACGACAUCCACAAUCGGCUCCGACAUCAUGUGGCUACUCAUCCUGAUUGGUGCACCCUGGAGAUGGUUGGUUCUGGCAGAUGCUACCCGCACUUCUGGCGCUCGGAGGCGUUCGUGGAGAUCCUCCAGAUGCAGCCCAUCGUCCUCGCCCUCAGCGUGCUGCUCAUGCUGCGCUACGUGAUCUUGGCCCUGCCAUCUCGCCGCUGGCCGCCGAGGGCCGCCGAGGUCCGCCGCGGGCCUGCAGCGGCCAACCCACCCCGCGAGGACGGCAUCACCACCCACGACGAGCCCCGGGUGCGCCGGGACCGCCAAGGGCUGGUGCCGCCCCUGGACAUGGCCGCCUCCAUCCGCGCGGCGCCGGCGGGGCCGCCGCCGGGCGCGAGCGGCGGGGUGCACGAGGGCGGCCGCAGCAGCGCCUCCAGCGACGAGGACAGCGCCGCGGGCACGGAGGCGGGCGCCCCGGCGCGCGGGGGCACGGCCGGGAGCUUGACGGUCGGCAAGCGCGCGUCCCUCUUCUCGCGGUUGAGCUCCUUCGCCGGCAGGCACGGCCCGCAGGAGGAGGACCUCUCCGACGACGAGGGCGACGUCGAGGGCGGCCCCUCCUUCUGCUGGGCCCUGCGCAUGCGGUGCGGCAAGGGCAAGGGCGGCGUCUGCUACUGGUGCUUCGUGCUGGUGUUCGCCAUGUUCAUGGUGGUGUUCCCCCUGUUCCUGAAGUGGAUGCUGACGAGCCCGCUGCCGUUGGAGAAGUGGAACCCGACGUACCCCGCGUUCCCCGUGCUCGUGGACGCGGACUUCAUCAGGGGCAACACCCAGGCCGACUACCGCGUCUCCAUGUCGGACAUACCCAUGACGAGCAAGGCCUGCAACACGGCCUGCGGCACCAGCGGCACGGAUGUCACGAGCGAGGUGAAUUUUCAGGUGGACGUCGAGCUGAGCGCGCCAGGCUUCGAGCACACCGCGUACCCCGUGCUGCUCGCCUCCAACGACUUCGAGACGUGGUGGGUGGCCUCGGAGCCGACGGACUCCCACCCCACGCCGUACUUCGCCAGCCAGGACGCCAGCAGCGCCGCCGUGUACCGGCACGUGACGGAGGAGUGCACGCGGCCCGAGGCGCCAGCCGUUGCCGGGCAGCCGGUGGCCCUGGAGGACAGGUACAGCUCCGUGCCGACCUACGUGCUGGUCUGCGUGGCCUGGACCGCGGACAAGGUGGAGUGGCACCACAACAGGACGGCCCUUACAGGCGACGACCUCGGCCUGCGCUGCGACGCCGUGGGCGGGGUGUGCGGGUGGCCGUGCGGCGGGAACCCGACGAGCCUGGACCUGCCCGGAUGCAGCGACGGCAUCCUCAGCGUCGACCCUCUGACGGGCGAGGUCGCUGGCCUGCCGGUGGCGGGCGGCGCGGGCUUCCGGGGCGAGGUGGCCCUGAAGGCCUGCCUCGGCGAGCCCGGCACGGAGGGCUGCAUCACCUCCACGGAG